AUGUCUCGCCCAAAGGUCGGUGCUAUUGGAGCUCUUAUUCUUGUUUCUUUUAUUCUGACUGCAGUGGCAACAUUCACAAAGAACUGGAUCGUUUGGAAUACUGGAUUUUUCAGUUAUAGCGUUGGAGUCGUUCCGUAUAAUCAGAAUCGACCAUCAUGGUUUCUAGCAUCUGCUAUAAUGAUGUAUAUCUCCUUUGCUCUUUUCUUCCCACUGUUUCUCAUUUAUUUCCACGCGUCAUACAAAGUUCACCACCACGGAUGUUGUCACAGUAUCCGUCACAGUUUCAACGGGAUCUCUUUGAUCUGUUCAUUGGUUGUAAUGUUGGAAGCAGUAGCCUUCAUUCUGAUGGCUGUUAACUCCUCCAGCUAUAUGAACGUUUUUUAUCCGGAUCUAGGGAGCUCCGCUUACAUAGCUUUGUCCUCCGCAAUAGUUGCAACAAUCGCAAUGUCUCUGUCUGGACAUGUCGCUCGUCAUCACUGUCAUUAA